AAAAAUGGAACAAUUCAUUGAAACUGUGAGAUUAAAUCCUUGCCUAUGGAAAGUAGAUGAAAAGAACUAUAAAAGUCAAGACGCACGUGAUAUUGUCUGGGAAGAAGUCUCAAAAAAGUGCAAUAUAACAGACGGAAAAGAGGCUAAACGGGUAUGGAAAAAGUUAAGGGAUUCUUUCAGGGACGCUUUAAAAAGGCAAAAUGAAUGUAAAAGUGGGGACGCAGCACCUGCGGUAAAACGGUUGUGGGUAUACCAAAAACAAAUGGAAUUUUUGAUUCCAUAUAUGACCAACCGAAAAAGAUGUUCCAACGUAGCUGACACGCAAUCAUCAAACGAAAAUACAAUGGAAACAUGGCCACAUGAAGAAAUACAAACUCAAAACGAACAAUCACACAGUGACUUUGAACACACGGUAGUGACUGACGAAGAAACUCAAAUAAGUAGUAGAGAAACCCAAGAGAAAAAUCCUGAGUUUAUAGAGCCUGUUAAGAAGAAAAAAAGUCAAUGGCAAGAAAACGUUGUAUCGAUAAUGAAACAACAAGCUGAAAAAAGGGAGGCUAGGGCUGCUGAGCGAGACGCUCAAAGAAAAGAAUUUGAACAAAAAUUGCGGUCGAAUGAUCCUCUUAAGGAAUUUUUCAACAGUAUGUAUUUAACAACAGCUGCUAUGCCUCCACAUUUACAAGUUUCCAUUAAGCGAAAAAUAUUUGAUGCUGUUACUGAGGCGGAACUGAGUAAUUUUACGAGCCACGCCAGCAGCAGCACUGGUACUCACGGUUCCCAACAUUACUUUCACACACUACAGCCACCCCAACAUUCGAACUCAAUUUAUAAUAAUCAUAAUCAUCAUCAUCAUACUUCUACUCCGCUACCGUCACCACAAUCAACAUCCAACCAGUCAUCAAGCGACGAAACUGCAGGAAGCUACUUUGGAAAUUGGAAUUUAGAUAAUCCAUAAUUAUUAUAUUAAUAUUACUAUUAGCUAUUAUAGCAGAAAUAUUAAUUAUUUAUUUAAUACCUAUUAGAUUAUUUUUUUAUGAUGGAAUAAAUUUGUGUCAGGAAAAACUAAAAAUAUUACUUUUAAAUAAUCAAAAAAAUAACUUACCUUAAACAUACACCCAAACGCUCCUCUGUUGUGACACUUUCUCGGUAGUUCGUAUUAAGCUUUAUAAUUUCAAAUCUUAUUAAUUCAUGAAUUUCCACAAACUGAG